AUGAGUUAAAAAGACGCAAUAGAACAAUAAAAAGAAGAUUUAAACGUCGAAAAGGAAAAUGAGAAUGAUGAUAAAACAGAUAUUUAACAAAACUAGUCUUUUCAGAAUGAGACAAAUUAAGAUAAUUCAAGAAUCUAGGCCCCUUCUAUUGAAUUGAGGAACUCACAAUAAGAAGAAAAUUAAGAGUAAGCUUAUCUACCAAAAGAGGUAUCUAAUGUGGCAACACCAACAAGGACUUCAUAAAUUGAUACAUCUCCUGUUGGAAAAAUAGAUAGACAAUCAUUGGAUGGUACAGAAUAGAAGUAGGAUGAACAAAUUGAGUAAAACAAAGAAUUAAUUAAUGAAUAAGAAAUUGUUGGGACUUAAAUUAAUCAACAUGAACAUCAUGAAGACACAGAUUAAAAAUAAUCAGAGAAGGAUCAAAAUGAGUAAAAUCAUUAGAAUGAGCAGGAGGAACUUCAAAAAUCUUUUCAUUCAUUCCAAAAGUCAUAAAAAUCAGGCAAAUCUACAACAUUAGAAAAAAUAACUAUUUUAUAGUCUGCUCUUCAAAUGAAAGAUGAGUUAAUUUUAACUAUGUAAGAUGAGAUUCAAGUUUUGAAACAAUCUUAAUUAGAUAAGUAAUAGCAUAUUGAAACUAUGGAAAAAAUAUAUGAAGAAAAAUUAGAAAAACUUUUUAAAAAGGUUGGACAAUUAGAGAAACUUUUGAAAGAGAAAGAAAAUGAUAUUGAGUAAUUCCGAAAUGGAAAUCAGACUUUACAUCUUCAAGAUCUAUCAGUUAUUUCUUAACAAAAAAAUGAGAAUUUGAAAUCUAAUGCAAAUGAUAAGAAAGAUGUUACGAUUUUUGAAGUUCUAAAUGAAAAGUAAACAACAGCUGAUUUAUCAGAACUAGGAAACAACUUUUGGUUGAUCUCAGCAGAGAGAAAAAUAUAGAAAAGUAAUCCUUUGUAUAAAGAUUAUUUUCCGAAAGACCCAGAACCUGAUUAAACUAAAAAUAAAAUUAUUAUUAAUCAUCCCACUAAGAAAUAUGACAAAUCUUAUUGGUUUAAAUAUGUUGAUGUUUAGAAACCUUCUAGAUAAAAUCACAAUAUUUAAUUACCUAAAUUACCAGAAGCCAAUCAUUAACAAUAGCAUAAUGACCCUACAAUAUUAUCUAAAUAGUUUUAAUAAUAAUAAGAAAUUCAAUAAAAAAUUAUUUAGUCUAUUCAGGAAUAAUCUUAUGGUUACUCUUAAAUUUAAUAAAAUAAAGUAAAUCCAGUUUAAUAAUCAAUUCCUUUUAGUCAAAAAUUAUUAGCGAAUAAUUAAAGGAGUAGUAGUCAAUAAUAAAAAUAGUUUAAAAACAAAUUGUAUGCAUCAUAACCGAAUAUUGCAAAGGAAAAGCAAGUAUCAUUUGAUCAAGAAGAAUUUUUGGCUGAUUAAGAAAUAGAGAAAAUGUUUGCUCAGUAAUCUCCACCGAAAAAAUAAAAGAUUGAUUGGGAUUCAUAACCUUAGAAUAAUUAUAUGAUAGUUUAACAUACUAAUUCCUCGUAAGUUAUAGAAUAAAAAGAAAAGUUCCCCAUUUUAUCCCAAAAACUCUCGUAUGUUAAUCAAUAUUCUCAUAAAAAAGAAAUGUAUGAAUCUUAGAUUUAUAAAUAGCUCAAGAUUAAUUGA